CACUGUUCAGUGUGACAGAGGCCUUGGUAGAGUGAGCAGUGCCUACUCGCGUCCUCUGAUACCCCUAGUGACUGAAGGUGGCCGUUAUGGAGAUGGCAAACAAGAGGAGCGUGAAAACAGUCCUGGGGAUGUGUUUGGCGGUGGCCGUACUCGUUAUACUCUGUUACUGGGUGCCAUUAAUUGAACAGCAGGAACAACAGCAGCAUCCUAACAUGUUGCAUCACCGAAGCUAUCGAAGCACACCGCCCGAUGUGGACUUGAACGACUUUGGACAGAUGAAAACAUUACAAGAUGACCUCUGCAAACCCGUGUAUCAGAGUGUAGAAAGAAAGUAUAAAAACCAGGCUAUUAUGGUGCUUAGUAAGAUGUGUGCGUGUAAUGCAUGUAGCACUCUGAAUACCACCUGUCAGCCCCAAGAAAACAAAGUUAUAACUGUCAAGAGAAGAGUGAGUCUUAAGAACGAUGAGACUGUGGAAAUCGAGGAGCACGAGGACUGCGAGUGUAAGAGGAACUAUAAAUGAUGCAGAAGUGAAAUGGACCAAAUCUUGACUGAGUAGCGUCGCUCAACACUCCUUGAUGAAUCCAAAAAUGCCUCCCCUACCCUCCAUUAUCAACUCGCGUGACGGUGACGUAGAAGGUGGCGAACGAGGUAACAAGUGGAGGAGAGGAUGGUAGUGGAGUAUGUUACGGGCGGGCCGUAACAAAGAACACACACGAAUCAUUAUAGUGAAACAACUUGAUCAAUGGUCAAGCAAGCAGCUUGGUUCAUUACUAAUUCGGUAACUUCAUAACAAUGAUGAUUCAUUUGAUUCAUGAUAACUUUCGUGUUGGGUUUGCACUGACGUUUUAAUCAGUCUUCUACCUUCCAUCAUAGCACACGUACGUACACUUUCAAGUAUAGUCAUAGUUAAUACUCGCUUCCCAAACUUUACCUGUAUAAAAUAAAAUGACUUAUUUUUCUAUUAUAGGUUGGCAUUAUUGUAUUGCAUAGUUUCUAUUAAUUUUGUCUGCUUUUUAUGUAAGAAAUAAAAUUACUUCUUUUCGUAUUAUAGAUUUGCAUUAUUGUAUUGCAUAGUUUCUAGUUUGUCUGCUUUUGAAGUAUGAAAUAAAGUUACUUCUUUUCCUA